UGUGGGCAGUCACACUGACAGCGGAUCCUCCGUUACUGCCGUUACUUUUAGGACGCGUCUGUUUUGAACCCGCGCGAAAACAAACUUGAUUCAGUUGAAAUGCGGACGUAAUUUGCUUCGGAUGUGCGAGAGGCCCGUGAUUAUUCCGGAAUUUCCCAAAAUUUAAAACAAGGAUAUGGCACCAAAUCUUGAUGCCCCCUCCAAGAAACCGGACGAGCAGAACCAUGACGAUUCCGCCCUGGAAGCGAUCGCAUCGCUGGCCAAGCAAUCAACCGCUGGCCAAGCCACCUCCUCGGAGGACGACUUCAAACUGCUGAGUGACGGUGAAUCGAUCGAGGUACUGGAGGUGGUCGCCGAUGCCUCGGCCGGAAGCGGUUCCAGCGAUCCGGAAGUGACCGUCAAAAACGAUCUGCUGGCUGAACAGAACGAGGAGACUGAGAUCUUGCAGGAGUUGGAAACGCAGAAUGAUUCCGGCGAGAAAGAGCGAAUUGCGCUGUAUGUUGACGAGGACCAGCGAACGGAAAUAGACGCUUCCGAGGUGGUCAUUGCUAAAGUCGAGACCAAAGUUCCGGCCAUCGUCCACGAAGUACCGGAAAGCUUCACACGAACCCCCACCGGUGGAGUCCGGUUUGAGAGCUCCAACGGGCUGGAAUUCAUCUCGCUGGGACCUACGCUGCCGUUGAAGGUCAGUCAGCUGAAAUUUUCGGCGCGAAUCUUCCACGACGGAAUGGAAAUCCGGCUGCACAACGAGGGUUGUCUCUUUCUCAUUGACGACAGCUUCAUGGCCAGGGUUGAGCUGAUGCACGCGGUUCCGGUGCUGAGUGCAGGCCACUUUUCCCAAGCAAAAACGGCACUCUUCCGGCAACUCCGCAUUGGCCAGAUCUUUGUGGAUGAGGUGAUGGCGUCGCGUGACCGCGAACGAGCCCAACUGUUGGCCACGAUCACUCGCAUCCAAAAACGAGCAGUGACGGAUCCCGCCACCGCGAUGCAGCUCUUUUCCGUUGUCCAAAAAUCGCCCAACCUCAACUACAUUGACUUCUGUGAACUGCUCUUCUACAGCUCGGCCACGCCACCAGUCCUGAAGGAACAAGCCGUCAAACUACAUCGAAUCGAGGGAAGCACGGAGCGCAGAAAUCGCUUCCUGGGGCAAUUCCACGUCCGAUUUGCCAACCCGACCCACGAGCUCAAGGCCACGCUGAAGGAGUUUUGCACCGCAGUUGUGGAAAAUCGCGCCAACUCGUUGCUGGACAUGGCUCCGCAUUGCCUUCGCGAGCAGUUGAAGGAUGUUCCCCAGCGGAGCAUAUUUCGGAUGCACGAAAAAGACGUGAAAGUGUUUCACGAUCUGGACCAGGUGCUGAACAGAGAAAUCUUCCAGAAACCAUUGGAAGAUCUUGCCGGGCGGUGGAUCAAUCGCGUGAAUGCUUUGAAACCCAGCGAUGCGAUCAUUUCGGUCGUGAAUCCGAUCUAUUUCUCGCUGUGUCGAAGUCUGGAAGAGUUGAUUUUGGAGAUCGUCAGUAAAACCGACCACAAUCCGGAAGAGUUGCUGCUGAGCGAUUGCAAAGGCUGGCAUGCGAUGAAGACCGCGAUCCGAUGGAAGUCUGAAACGAGUCUGACCAAGUGUCUUCAGCGGGAGUACUUCUACGUGGUUCGAUUGUUGAAGCAUUUCGAUCCGGCAUGGGACAAUCGGAAGCCGUUCGACUACAAGCCACGUCGACUGCUGGGCGGCGCUGCCAGGGAAUCGAUGCUGGGCAGUUUGUUCCGACGACUGAUCGGCGAACCCAAGAAAAACCCGCUGGGAAUCGCGGACGAGUUCUACGUCUGGUCCUGCCUGCUCGACGACGUUCUUCACCACGUUCUGCUGGAUGACGACCACGCUCUGGACGUUUUCGAGCAGAUCUUGCAGAACUUUGUUCAGCUGCUCAGCGUGGCCACGUUUGAGCAAAUGGAGAUGGUUCGGGUCAUCACGCACAGCAUUGGGCGGUUCAUCGUGCAGAUUUUCCUCUUCGUCAGCUCGGACAAGGCGCAAUCCUACGAGGACAAGCAAAUCCUGCAGGCUCAGCUGGACGUCAUCAACCGGACGAUGCUGGGAGCGGAGUCGACGAAGUUUUUCCGCGAUCUGAUCGACGUUUUCAGCAGCUACUGGAAGAAUCGUUGCGGCAUCAUCGAGAACAUUCCGUCUAAGAAUGCCCUCGGGGAAAUGGAACAGAUAAAGAAGACGCUGCUGGCGAUUGUGGUCGUUGCCUUGCGGAAGAACGUCGGCGCCGAACACGUGAUCAGCCUGUUUCGGUGCUUGAACGACUUUAUCGUCGACCUGGACGACGUGUGCUUCGAUUGGUUGAUCAAGGCCAUUCCGGAACUAGCGAUGAGUGGAAUGAUCGAUUUGAAACUAAUCAAGCCGGUGGACAACAAGUGGAACGGUACUGAAAACCAGGUGUACCACGUUAUUGAGCCAAAGAAGUUCCAGCAGAUGUUCCAGGUGCUGCUUGAAGGAGCGACUUGUCCGAAGCACUGCGUCAUCGAGGUGAUCUCCACGUUGCUUGGCUGCAUUCACUUUCAGUUGGAACGCGAACACUGGACGUCCAAGGAAAGCCUGUCCGACUCGGACCAGAUCGUGUCCAGCAGCGUCCUAAUUUCGUCGAUCCGGAGCACGCUGAUCUAUCUGCGCGAGCAGGAAGAAUACGUUUCGUUCGACAUGUUCGUAGAAGAAAGGAUCAACCCGUUCUGCAAGGUCGUGGAGACCUGUCCCUCGCUGAGUGAUUUUGUCAAACGAGUCGGAAUGAUCAAGGAGUCGUUCUGUUACAUGCGAAAGCAGAACGAAAUGAGCGUCGCUGAGGCGUUGAGGAUGUACGGUGAGCAGAACGACGAGGGCGAGUACAACGCAGAACAACUCCAGCAAGCGUACGAGCAGUACAGUGACCAGUUUGAGACGUACAUGGCAGAAACGGUUCCGGAGGAGGAUUUUAAAGCCAAGGUUGCCGUUCUGACCAAGCCAUUGCUGGAGUCUGUCCAGCCGGGUCUGUUCAAAGAGUGGACCGCCGAGUUCAAACGGACGGAGAUGCCGAAGAUCCUCGCCGGAGUGGCCGCCGUGUGGUCCACCAUGGUGUCUGCGGAUGUCUCCAGCACUGGAAAGUACUUCAAACCUCACUGCAUCCAGAUUUUGUGCGUGCUGAGGCUGCUCGGAGCGGAUAGCGGAGAGAAGGGUGUGUCCAAGCACCUGGCGCAGGUUCUCACCGGUCAAGGAAAGUCGCUGGUCCUGGCACUGAUCGCGGCGGUCUUAGCGCUGACGGGUCAUCAGGUGCAGCUGGUCUGUUACAACGACUACUUGGUGAAACGGGAUGCUAAGGAUUUUGCUGAAUUGUUUGACAUUCUGGAUAUCACCAAAGCUAUCAAGUAUGGCACCUAUAGAGACAUGGUGGAAGAUAUGAUUUCUCCGGAAAUCGAUGGAAAGCGGAUGGGUCUGCGAUCAUUUGUAGCCGAUCUGCUGCUAUCGGAACCAGAUAAUUCCCGACCGGAUAAACCAAAGGCACAGGUACAAGAGAACUCUGUUCUUCUCAUGGAUGAGGUGGACGUUUUCUUCACCAAGGAAUACUACGGCACGGAAUACUAUCCAGGAGCUUUCCCCUGCGUUCCUGGAAUAGACAAAAUUCAGGAGCAAAUCUGGAAUUUUGUUAACCACGAAAACGUACACGAUGCUCAACAAUUGACGAACCGUAUCAAGCAAUACAUUACUUCGCCAAAAUUCCAAGAUAAGGCACAGUUUAACCAGUUCCUAAACAAAGGAAGCUCCUACGAUUUGGUAGUUCUUCGAGGGGGGAAAAAUGUACUGACACGGUAUACUAACAAUUCCCUGUUUUACGAACAACUGGAAAGGAUGAUACUUGCUGCUAUUUCGGUCGUUGCCGAUACAACACGUCACAUCGAUUUUAGACUUAAUCGUCAAGGGGUCAUAACUUAUCGAAACGGAUCGCGAUUCGUCACCUGGACUAUCCCAGGAUACAUGUCAGUUUUCAACUAUUUCCGGCUGAAACAACACGAUUACAAGGCUGAGGUGGGUUUCCAUCAAAACUAUGGCUAUCUCAAUAUAAUCUGCGGCUCGCUUUCGUAUGCAAUGCUGCCGAAGGCCUACCCGCUCAUCCUGGGAGUCACCGGAACGCUAACGGCGUUGAACCAGUACGAGAAAGCGGCCAUCGAUCGUCUGUACAACAUCAACCGAUCCUCGAUCAUGCCGUCCUUUUUCGGGUGCUCAAAUCUCGCAUUCAACCCCGAAGAAAACUUCACCCACCUGGCCACCAAGCCACUUUGGAUGGGCAAAAUCUUCACCCAAGCCCACGCCGCAGUCGGAGCUAAUCGUGCCGCGAUCAUCUUCUUCUACGACGACAAGCUGCUGGAGGAAUUCCGUGCGCAGUACUGCGGCCAGUUCGAUCGUCUGCAGGUCCUCACCGAGAAUACUGAGGAAGACAAGCAUGAACACCUGAUCAGCGAAGCGGGAGUCGCCAAAACGGUGACGCUGGCCACGCGAGGAAUGGGCCGUGGCGUGGACUACAAGUCGAGCGUUGCGGUGGAGCAAAGCGGCGGCGUGCACGUGAUCCAGAGCUUCUUCUCGCUGGACGUGAAGGAGGAAACGCAGAUCCGGGGAAGAACCGCCCGGAAGGACAACAGGGGAAGCUACGAGCUGAUCGUUCUCGAUGCGGAUUUGGAAGCGAAUUCUUUGCUAGAUGAGGAAGAGACGGUUACGUACGCGGCGUUGGACGCUGCCAGAGCGAAGUUGUCCUUGCAGGAGAACAAGGACAUUGCCGAGUCGAUCGAGAAAAAUGAAGUCAAUCAUUUGACCACGAUGGAAUAUCUGGCGUCGUUCUUCAAGUGAAUGUAGGGAAGCUU